AUGGAACAGAUAAUUGGUCACGCGCGUGAUAUCUAUAAUAGCGGGGUUAAGAGACAUGUGGAUUCAUUUUUUGGGCCGCUGAUCAAAAAGCAUUCUAAUGACCAAAUGGCAUUAGCUGUUGCAUCAACCAUUGGCGCUUUAUUAAUGACUUACGUGGUCUGCAGUAAGUUUGUCAGAAAUGGUAAGAGCAAAGCCGGUGUCAAAAAGAGCAAGAAGAAGAGGUCUAAGGGGAACGGUUUUACUGAAUACCAGAAGAAACAACCUUUGACAUUGGAAGAGAAAAUCGAUAAGGUUCUGGAGAAGUUCAAUACGGAGUAUAAGAGCGGUAUCGAAAACCUGGUAGCGACUUUCGAAGCUGAGACUGAGAGUCAUGUAUACCAGUGCAAUUUUUACAACGAAAUGCUUUUGAAGCUUUUGAUUGAAUUGGAUGGAAUAGACUUAGCGGGUGUUACCGGAGAAAGGAAGUUACUACUGAAAAAGAACCGGAAAGAUGCGAUUAUGCAGAUACAGCAACAGUUGAAAACUAUCGACAAGCUGAGAUUAACUUAG